AUGACUGAGUACGUCAAGGUCGAGAAGAUCAUCCCCAAGUUCCCGCCGCCGGCGUUCAGCGACAUCGCCAAGGCCUCCAACGACCUCAUCAACAAGGACUUCUACCACACUGCCGCAGCUGCCCUUGAGGUCAAGCUCAAGGCCCCCAACGGUGUCAACUUCACCGCCAAGGGAACCUCUGCCCACGAUGGCCCCGUCACUUCCUCGCUCGAGGGCAAGAAGUCGCUUUCCAACGGCAUCAGCAUCACCCAGUCAUGGAACACUGCCAACAUGCUGGCCACCAAGGUCGAGCUCAACGAUACCUUUGCCAGCGGCUUGAAGACUGAGAUUCUCUCCAACUUCAACCCCGCUGCUGGCAACAAGGGCCAGAAGGUCAACCUGCACUUCAAGCAGCCUGCCUUCCACGGCCGCGCUUUCGUCGACUACUCGGCUGCUGGCGCCAUUGGCACCACCGCUGAUGCUGUCGUCAGCCACGAGGGCAUGGUCGUUGGUGGUGAAGUUGGUUACGAUGUGCAGAAGGCUGCCAUCACCAAGUACUCCGCCGCUGUCGGAUACACCACCCCUCUCUACAACGCUGCCGUGACUGCCACCAACUCCCUGAGUGUUUUCACCGCCUCGUACUACCAGCGCGUCAACCCCGCUGUCGAGGCUGGUGCCCGCGCUGUCUGGGACUCAAAGUCCGGCAACAACGUCGGUCUUGAGCUCGCUGCCAAGUACAAGCUUGACCCUGCGUCUUUCGCUAAGGCCAAGAUCAACAACCUCGGCAUUGCUUCCCUCGCCUACAACACCAAGGUCAACAGCGGUCUGACCUUCGGUAUUGGUGGCUCUUUCGAUACCCAGAAGCUGAACGAGGCCGGCCACAAGCUCGGCACCAGCUUCACCUUCGAGGGUUAA